AUGAUUGAUAAUGAUUGACAGAGCGGCACAUUAAAGGUCCAGUUCAGCAUCCAUUUAAGCGCUUUUUAAUCUGACUUGUUGCUUUGAUUUCAGUGGAAAAUGAGGACGGUAUUUGCUGUCCCACUUUUUCUUUUUCUCACGAUGGCGUUCCUUGGACAAGGAAUGGGGGUGGAACUUCCUGACCCGCCAGCCGUGGACUGUGAGUGGAGUCGCUGGUCUGCGUGGAGUGUUUGCCAUCCCUGCACGUCAACACGAAGGCGUUCUCGAAGCGCAGUCGUUUUCGGCCAGUUUGGCGGUGAGUCCUGCCAGGGAUCGAUCGGCGAGCGAGAGGCUUGCGUAAAUGACACGGGAUGCCAAGAAGCGCCACGUCCCGUGUGCUCAGACACAGAGUUCCAGUGCCAGUCAGGCUCUUGCAUCAUGAAGAGGCUGAUGUGCAACAGCGACUACGACUGUGAAGACGGAUCCGACGAGGACUGCGAUCCCGUGCGGACACCGUGUGGCGCCACCGUCCUGGAGAACAACGAGCAAGGCAGGACGGCAGGAUACGGAAUCAACAUCUUGGGUGCCGACCCCCGAAUGAACCCCUUCAAUAACGACUACUUCAAUGGCAGAUGUGACCGAGUACAGAACCCGUACACUGGACGCUACGACAGACUUCCAUGGAACGUUGGCGUGCUCAACUACCAGACACUUGUGGAGGAAGUAGUCUCUAGGGAAAUCUACGAGGACACGCACAGCCUGCUGAGAGAAAUCCUGACUGAGAUGACGGGCAAAGUGGACGUGGGACUUUCCUUCAAGUUCAGCCCAAGCGAGGAGUCCAUGUUGUCAAACGCACCUCCCGGCGUGGCGUUGGAGUACCAGUACGAGAAGAAAGCCAUGAUCAGAGAGGUCUCAGAGUACACCAACGUCAAGAACAAGAGCUUCAUGAGGGUGAAGGGCAGGAUCCAGUUGAACACCUACAGGCUUCGUUCCCGUGAGCUCCAAGUGGCCGAUGAGUUCCUGGAGCACGUGAGGUCUUUGCCCGUGCAGUACGACAAGGCCGUCUACUUUGCCUUCCUGGAGGACUACGGAACCCAUUACACCCGAAACGGGAAGGCCGGUGGAGAAUACGAGUUGGUCUACGUGCUCAACCAGGACGCCAUCAAGGCCAAAAAUUUGACAGAGCGGAAGAUUCAAGAAUGCGUGAAAUUGGGAAUCUCAGUAGAUUUUGGUGGCAGCGCUCCUAGUGGUGGGAAAGCUCACUUGAAGGAUGACAAGUGUAAAGAUGUAGCCACAAGUCUCCAAGAUGAGACGGCUGGUAAAGCGCUGGUGGAUAAGGUGAUGACCUCCGUCAAAGGGGGCACCCUGGAGAGCGCCGUCGCCAUGAGGGCCAAGCUCAACAAGGACGGCGUGAUGGACGUCCAUACCUACCAGGCGUGGGCUCGCACCAUCGCCAACGCCCCGGCGCUGCUCCACAGCGAGGCACAUCCAAUUUACACGCUGGUUCCGUUGGACAUGGCGGACGCCAACGCCAGGAUGGCCAACAUGAGGCGUGCCACGGCAGAGUAUGUGGCGGAGUACAGCGUGUGUAAGUGUAAACCUUGCCAGAACGGCGCCACCGUCACGCUGCUGGAUGGAAGGUGUGUGUGUCUCUGCCCUCACCUCUUUGACGGCCGGGCCUGCCAGAAUUUUAAAGGCGACAAAGCGGAGCACACAGGUACAAGACCCACAGUCCACCAAGAGGGCAACUGGUCUUGUUGGUCCAGCUGGUCCGACUGCACGGGUGGGAAGCGCAACAGGACACGGGGAUGCAAUACAGACGGACUCCUGGGGGCCGUCUGUAGGGGGGACACCAGCGCUGAAGAGUACUGCUGAUCCUUACAUGAAGUAUAUCAAGUACCACCUGUAUGCUUUAUCUCUCACUACUAUGACUACUACUCCCACUUCACUCAGACUCACACCUGCUGGUUAGUCAUGCUGUCACACCUCUAAUGCCUCCAUUAUUCAUCAUACUACUCCUCUAGUACAGUAGUACCUCGCAUAACGUAAACCUCCUUUUACGUAAAUUCCACUGAACAUAAAGAAUUGAUGUAAAGUUUUUGCAUCUUAUUACAGAAGAAAUUCCAUAUAACGUAAGUUAUCGUCAAGUCGGUGAAAGUUCAGAAAUUCGAUUUGAAAACUGUAGCUCGUGCAACAGAGAGAGAGAAACAUUUUCCAUGACUAACGGAGUACACUUGGUGACGCCUUCUGACGCUUCACGCUCUCAUUGGCUGAUUAUCGGGGCACCGCCUACGCUCUCAUCUCAUUGGCUGACUUAUACAGCGCGUACGUGAGUUUGUGUGAGAGACAAGCUUCUCUCGUCCUCAUCAUAGUCGCCCUUAAACUAGUUCGCACGCAUUGAAAUCUCUUCUUCAUUUUUUUACCUUUCUUGUGUUAAAUUUACCGUAAUCAUGGGUCCUAAACCAAGUGGAAGUGAGAAGAAAAAAAGGGAAAAGUUGUCGAUCGAAACAAAGCAGGAAAUGAUCCAGAAGUAUGAAGGUGGUAUGAAAUUAAGUGAUGUUGCUAGACUGUGCUAACGUUUUCUUAUAUUUUCCCACCAUAUGUGGUGGACUUUGAAUAUUUUGAAGUGCCAAACGUGUGAGUUUGGGAAGAUCUUGAAACGGAUUAGGCUAUUCACAUGUAUUUUACGCUUUGUAUAACAUAACAUAAAAUCCCUAUAACAUAAAGGUUCUUGGAAUGGAUUAUUUACGUUGUAGGGGCAUCUACUGUACUACCAAUAAUACUCCUCUAUUACUACUCCUCUAUUACUACCUAUAAUACUCCUCUAUUACUACUGAUAAUACUCCUCUAUUAAUACUCAUCUAUUACUACUACUAAUAAUACUCAUCUACUACUACCAAUAAUACUCAUCUAUUAAUACUCAUCUAUUACUACCAGUAAAAAUACUCAUCUACUACUACCAAUAAUACUCAUCUAUUACUAUUAAUAAUACACAUCUAUUGCUGCCAAUAAUACUCAUUUAUUGCGACUAAUAAUACUCAUCUAUUACUACCUAUAAUACUCAUCUAUUACUACUAAUAAUACUCGCCUAUUACUAUUAAUAGUACUCAUCUUUUACUACCAAUAAUACUCAUCUAUUACUACAUAUACUACUCAUCUAUUACCACUCAUCUAUUACUACUAAUAAUACUAAUCUAUUACUAUUAAUAAUACUCAUCUAUUACUACUAAUAAUACUCCUCUAUUAUUGGUAAUAGUGGUCUAUUAUCGGUAAUACUGGUUGGUCUAUUAUUGGUAAUAGUGGUCUGUUUUUGGUAACAGUGGUCUGUUAUUGGUAAUACUGGUCUAUUAUUGGUAAUAGUGGUCUGUUAUUGGUAAUACUGGUCUAUUAUUGGUAAUAGUGGUCUAUUAUUGGUAAUAGUGGUCUGUUAUUGGUAAUAGUGGUCUGUUAUUGGUAAUACUGGUCUAUUAUUGGUAAUAGUGGUCUAUUAUUGGUAAUAGUGGUCUGUUAUUGGUAAUAGUGGUCUGUUAUUGGUAAUACUGGUCUAUUAUUGGUAAUAGUGGUCUGUUAUUGGUAAUAGUAGUGAUAGAGGGGGCAGUGUCCAGACUAUUCCAGCAACUGUAUACUUUGUUGCACAAUAAAUGUGAAUACAUCAACUUUGAUCAUUAGAAUGAUUGAAAGAUUUGUGAGUAAAAGUCACAGUGGGACAGGAAACUAAGAAUGCAUCUUGAUGAAAGCACAAGAGUAAAUGGGUCACAUGUAGCUUUACUGUUUGAUGUAUUUGAUGAUGAAAUGCACAGUAAACUUGAUGGAACAACUCUUAACAA